GAAGGCAUUUAAAAUGUGGCUCACUAAAGAAUGAAAGAAAACAAGCACUACUGCUAAAUUAGAUGACAAAAUGUUAUCGAUCUCGCAUACCACAAUGCAAGUAAAAUUUUUUCUCCGACGCUGUUCAUAACGAAAGAAAAAUAAAUCGCGCACACUUACACGCUGGUAUCCUGUUGGCUGAAAAAGGAAUAUAAAGGGCUGGGCGAUGGCAGCAAGGGUAUUUUUUUGAGAACAGUACUCACUUCCAAAGAAAAUCAUCUGCACUAUUUAAUUUUUUUUUGCCUUUCUUUGCACGCCCUGUCUUUUUCUUUCUUUUUUUGCUCUUCUGACUCACAAAAAACCUAGUUCAGUUCAACUCAAUUACUUCUACAUUACAGCUUCUCUCACUAAUUACAAUUUUAAAAAAUGUGCCGGUUUUUAUUAUACAAGAGCAACUCGCCAAUUCUGCUGGCGGAUUUGCUAACCCGGCCAGCGCACUCGAUCAUAAUGCAGUCGUUCAACUGCAAGCUGCGUAUCGACAUGCGGCGGCCGAUGAACGGCGACGGGUUCGGCAUCGGAUGGUACGACGAGCCGCGCACAAAGGGCUGCAUAUUCACAUCAACGCUUCCCGCAUGGAGCAACCUCAACCUCCAGCGGCUGGCCGAGAAGAUCAAGAGCGCUCUGGUGUUUGCGCACGUCCGGGCGACCACCGGCGAAACAGCCACCUCCGAGUCUAACUGCCACCCGUGGCAGUUCGGCAACCUAAUGUGGAUGCACAACGGCAACAUUGCCGGCUUCGACUUGAUCAAACGGCGGCUGCAGAACUCUUUGCGCGAAGACAUAUACCUGUCGAUCCAGGGCACGACAGACUCAGAAAACGCCUUUGCCCUGUUCCUCAAUAUGCUCGAGGACCCCUUGAACCGCGCCGAGUUUUCGCAUAAGGAGCUGAAGCAAGCCAUGCUGCAGACCAUCGCACAGCUCAAUGAAUGGCUGGACGACGCCGGGGUGAAGGAAAUGUCCGUUAUGAAUUUUGCCGUCACCGAUGGCCAAACCGUUGUCUGCACGCGGUAUAUUACUAGCAGCGAGAAUGAGGGCGCGUCGUUGUUUUACUCGUCCGGUUCGGAGUUUAAGAGCGACGCAGAUUCUGGACAGUACCGCAUGAUCAAGGCGAAUAAGCGUGAGGACGUCGUGGUUGUUGCCUCGGAGCCGUUGACGUACGAGCGGUCGGACUGGAUGGUCAUCCCGACAAAUACAUUGCUGGUCAUUACGCCCAAACUCAACGUGCACCUGUACCCGAUACUCGACAAGUACUGGAAUCCAAACCGUGGCCGCCACGUGUUGUGAUUGAUGCAACUGACUGACUGAUUGGGAUCACUGAUCCAAGUUCUCUUUGAGGGCUAUAUAUACAGUGUGGGCCAUUGUGCAUUGGAAUUUUACACGGAUAGAGGGCGUAGGCAGAAUAUACAGGUGCGAGCGCACGUGCAUGUCAUUGGCCUUUUUUCUGCACUCUCUGGAGGCCAUGUGUGCGACUGAUAUUUGUUCUGGGGAGGCGUCUGGUCUGGGCCAGUUUGGCUAUAAAUUAAUCACAUCUUUUGCCAACAAAAAACGCUGUCGCUCACUCGCUCACUCACACACUCUCAACACAACACAACUCAACACAGCAAAGCAAAGCAAAACACAUACAUACACACACAUUUCCUUUCUCUUUUUUUCAAACUACGGCAUUCACUUUUAUUUUGCAAAGCCAACAAAUAAACAUCAAUUU